AAUGAGAAGGAAUUCGUCUCCAGGAAGCUCAAACACGGCACAACAGUUUUGUUGUCUCUGUCUAGAUAUUUAAUAAGUGGAGCAAGGGAUUCAAUCGACCAUCCUUCCUACUCACACUGUGGGGAGGGAUUCACUCGGUCAUCUGACCAACUCGCAAGCCCGUCACUUUACACAGGAGAAAGGCCUUUCACCUGCACAGACAGUGGGAAUGGAUUCACUCGGUUAUCACAAUUGAAGGUACAUCAGCAAGUUCACACUGGGCAAGGCCAUUCACCUGUUCAGUGUGUGAGAAGGGGUUCAGUCGGUCUUCCCACCUGUGGCACACCAGUCCACACUGGGCAGAGGCUGGUCAUCUGCUGAAUUUCUGGGAAAGGAUUCACUCAGUCAUCUGACCCAAUGGCUCACCAGCGAGUUCACACUGGGGAGAAGCCAUUCACCUGCUCAGACUGUGGGAAAGGAUUUACACAGUCAUCUACCCUACUGGUACACCAGCGAGUUCACACUGGGGAGAAGCCAUUCACCUGCUCAGACUGUGGGAAGAGAUUCACUAAUUUAUCCAACCUACAGAGACAUCAGCGAGUUCACACUGGGGAGAAGCCGUUCACCUGCUCAGAAUGUGGGAAGAGAUACGCUGACUCUUCCACCCUACUGAGUCAUCAGCGAGUUCACAGUGGAGAGAGGCCGUUCACCUGCUCAGAAUGUGGGAAGAGAUUCACUAAUUUAUCCAUCCUGCAGAGACACCAGCGAGUUCACACUGGGGAGAAGCCGUUCACCUGCUCAGAAUGUGGGAAGAGAUUCAAUCAGUUAUCCCACCUACAGAGUCAUCAGCGAGUUCACAGUGGAGAGAGGCCGUUCACCUGCUCAGUCUGUGGGAAGAGAUUCACUCAUUUAUCCAGCCUACAGAGACAUCAGCAAGUUCACACUGGGGAGAGGCCAUUCACCUGCUCAGUCUGUAGGAAGAGAUUCACUCAUCUAUCCAGCCUACAGAGACAUCAGCGAGUUCACAGUGGAGAGAGGCCGUUCACCUGCUCAGUCUGUGGGAAGAGAUUCACUAAUUUAUCCAGCCUGCAGAAACAUCAGCGAGUUCACAGUGGAGAGAGGCCAUUCACCUGUUCAGAAUGUGGGAAGGGAUUCACUCAUUUAUCCAACCUACAGAGACAUCAGCGAGUUCACACUGGGGAGAGGCCGUUCACCUGCUCAGUCUGUGGGAAGGGAUUCACUCAGUUAGCUAACCUACAGAAUCACCUGCGAGUUCACACUGGGGAGAAGCCGUUCACCUGCUCAGACUGUGGGAAGGAAUUCACUCAUUUAUCCAACCUACAGAGACAUCAGCGAGUUCACACUGGGGAGAGGCCGUUCACCUGCUCAGAAUGUGGGAAGAGAUACGCUGACUCUUCCACCCUACUGAGUCAUCAGCGAGUUCACAGUGGAGAGAGGCCGUUCACCUGCUCAGUCUGUGGGAAGAGAUUCACUCAUUUAUCCAGCCUACAGAGACAUCAGCAAGUUCACACUGGGGAGAGGCCGUUCACCUGCUCAGUCUGUAGGAAGAGAUGUAAAGCAACAACAACAGCUGAAGGAAUUCAUUCUGAACUUUAA